AUGAAAAAUUUUUUCGGGAAUUGGUCUCCCGCUGCUGAAGAUGACAACAGCGUACGUGAGAAAUACGCAUCACCCAACGUUGCUGGUGUGGAUACUAUUUCAACAACAACAUCGUCAACCAACAAAAAAAUGAUUUCUCAUAAUGACGGAAGGAAUAAUGUGUCAUCCCCAUCAUCGGAAACAAUGACCGUGAUGGAAUUUAUGGCUACAGCACGGGCAGAAGAUUAUUUUGAUAUAAGCGGAAGAGCAAGUAGACAUCGAUCGAAUGCCCACAGAUUUGAUUCUCCACAAGUGGAAUUAUCUAAAUCCGAGGUUUUGCAUAAACAAGAGCAAGUUCGCGAUAAGCAGUUUGUGAAAUCAGAUGUGAUUUACAUGUUCGAAGCAGUAAAAGAAAAUGCCAAAAAGAUUUCAAUUAUGGACGAUGAAGAAAACAACAAAUCAUCACUGAUUGACACACUCAAUCAAUGCAAAUAUUCUUUUUGUGUUUCUACAAAGAAGUAUGAUGAAAUUUGUGGUCAACACCUUUUAUCCACACUUAACGGUCAAUCGACAGUAAGGUUGACAUUGAAAAAGGAUUAUUCGGAUACAUUGGAUGUGUCCAAAAUUAAAUCCAUAUAUUCCAAAUAUGAGACAACAUUUUUGGUUUGUGACUCUUUAAUUUGGGUUGCUGGAAGCAAUGAGCAUUAUAGAUUAGGUUUAGGACACAACCUUCCAUUAACAGUGGUUCCUUCCAUACUUCGUCACAACUUUAACAAGGAAAUCAAAAAGAUAUGCAUUUUGCGUCAAUCAACAGUGUUUUUAACAGAAGACAAUAUGGUUUAUGCUUGUGGAGAAAAUUUAUAUGUAAAAUCUCCAUAUGACACAAAACCAAAAAUGCCUUAUCUUGAAUCAUCAACCUAUCUGACAAGUGGUAUAGAAGAUGCUGUCAACACAGAAAAUUGCAUCUUCUUUUUGACACAGGAAGGUACUGUUCUAGUUGCAGGCCACCCUGAUGCUACAGGUCCUUUCUUUGCAACUCUAACUGAAUCACAAAGUGCUGUAGUGUCAAGUACUCUUACCAUUCGAGUUAUUACUAGUUUAUUUGGAAAAGAAAUUGUUAAAAUUUCAUGUAGUGAUGAUAAUGGAGUGACAUUAAUGUGCUUGGCUAAGGAUUAUCAAACGGUGUGGUGCUUGGGAAACAAUUUAAAUGGAAUUUUUGGAAUUGGAUUUGCUAAAAACUUUACAACUCCUAAAGAGCUAACCUUUUUCAAAGAGAAUGACAUUACCUUACAGGAUAUUUAUUGUAAAGGAGGUGAAUGCUUCUUUUUAACAACCACAGGAAGAGUUUAUCAAACAGGAGGGUCUCCAGAAUUCUAUAUUCCAAAACAAAUAUUGAUUGAACACACCAUUGUUGCGAUUGAGGAAGAUGGAAUUUUUAGAAAUUCUCAUGGUCGAUAUUUAUUCAGUUGUGGCAUGACCAAAGCAGUUGGAGUGUACAAAUAUUUCAAUGACAGGUUCCAACUGCUUCAUAAUGCAUUUCUACACUUUUUAGAUACACCUAGUACUACUACUGCAUCUUCAUCAGAUCCCCAAGACAUUUUCUCCAAGUCAGCAAAAGAAGUCAAAUCAUCAGGUGAAAUAGUUGUCAUACCCAAGCCAGUUCUUUUUGGGUAUAGCCACUUCUUUGAUCCUUGUUCGGAGCUUCCAUUCGAUUCCUUACUUGAAAAGUCCUUUUCCAAGACCACAAUAGGAGGGACAACGUUUUUUGAAGCAACAGAAAAUUUGAAAACAUCCAUGGGACUUUACAAUGCAAGCUCUAAUUAUUUUCAAAUACCAAAUGGUACAAUAACCUCUUCCCUAUUUGUAAGCUUUUUAAAUAGUCAACCUAUUCACAAAUUAAUUAUUGGAGAAUUCAGUUCAUCCGAAUAUGAAUUAACAUUUUACAAGAAGGAUGCCUUUUUGAAUAAUGUCGAAAAAGAUCUUAUGGCUCUCUCUGAAUUUUUUGGAAUGGAAGAGUUCAAUAAGCUCAUUGUGGCCAGUCAUUUGAUUUCUCAGAACUAUAGCAAGGAGAUUAAUAUAAUUUCCAACUCUGAAGAACUUGCCAAGAGAGAAAACUUUGACAUUUACAACAGUCUAUUUGAUCUCUAUAAAUCAAUCGCUGAACCAUCGAGCAGUAGCGACGACACACGCGCACACAUUAGAGAACAGUAUUUUUCUUCAUUGAAACCACAUUUCUUUCCAAAGCAAAUUCAAUAUGCAUUUGACCUUAAUUUAACCGUUUGGAUUAUUGAACUGUAUUGCUACAUUGCAGAACAGACAAAAUACACAGAUAUGGAUGCAGUCAACACGUAUAAUGUGGUUCAAAAUUUGAUACCAAACAGUUUUGAAGAAUUCAGACAGUAUUGCUACAAUAUAUUGAACUUACCAAUCAAUAGAGAGAAUCGUAAAGAUGUGUCUCGAUUCUUGUCAAAGCAAACUCCUUUUGGUUAUAUAGCAAAAGCAGAGACAGUGUUUAUUGCUGUGACUCUUUGUUUGGCCAUCAAAAUGCUUUCCAAUAAGGAAAUUCUCACCAAAUCAGCUUUUCAUGUGGAUCCAGAACAUCACAUUCUUCUCUCAGCAACACUCACUUCUUAUGAAGAAUCUGUAUCCAAGUUAUUUCAAAAAGAAGGUCUCUCUGGUUAUGCUUCCACGAGCAAAAAAAUUAACGAAAAGCAAAUUUCAAACUUUGUGUUAAAUCACAUGUUAAAUUCAUCCAUCUCUCUCAUUAGAGAUUUAAACAAGCUAUCUAUUGAAAACAAAGCAUUACUUUUAUUGAAACAUCUAGUCAUGAAUGUAUUAAGCAAUGAAGGACCCAAGUGGAAACCUCCAAAUAUGACCGUUUUUGGAAAUCACUACAUUUUGUUAAAGAAAGUUGGAGAAGGAGCAGAAGGAUCUGUAUUUAAAUGUUUUGAUAGAAACACCAUGUCCUUUGUUGCUCUUAAACGAUACAAUGAAGUGAUGGAUCAAGAAAAAAUUAAGGAAAUUAAUCGACAUUUGGAUUUAGUCAUGAAACUUUCGGUUCAUAAAAAUUUAGUGACCGUCUUGAAAAAGUUUGUUGAAAGAAAAGGAGAAAUGUUCAAUGAUUAUGGAUUGAAUGUGGUGAUGAAUUAUAUUCCACAUGGAACUCUGUAUGAUCAUCUUAAUAUCUACAAAAACAAUCCUUCCAUGCCUUACUAUCCUGAAUGGUUGUCCUUUGCUAUUGAUAUUGCUUCUGGUAUGGAACAACUUCAUUAUCAAAACUUUAUUUAUAGAGACCUCAAGAGUGAGAACAUUCUUCUUGAUUCAGACAGUCGAACGGGUUCAUUGAUUUGUAAAAUUUCUGAUUUUGGAUUGUUGACACGAUGGGAUCCAAGAAUGAGUGUCAGUCGAAAAGGUACUCCACUUACAAUGGCUCCAGAGUAUAUGGACUCCAAUGUAUUGAUUGACAAAGCUUGUGACAUUUUCUCAUUGGGUUGUGUGAUUUAUGAGUUAUUGACUCUUGAACGAGAUUUAACAAUGAAUGGUCAACGAUUUCUUUUUCAUGAAGCAAUUAGAAAUAAUCAAUCUUCAGCUCAUGCUAGGAUUUGUAAAGUGUUAGAAGGCAAUGGAUUUCCACCUCUCGUACAGAGAUUAAUUAUUUCCAUGAUUCAACGAAAAAUCUUUUUAAGACCUCAAUCUCAUCAAGUGGUACGAAUUUUGGAAUCAUUUCGAGAUAAUGGAUUUUUCACAUUGGAAAAGCAGCUUGAGCAGUUGCUUCUUGCCUUGCCAGUGGUGUCACCCACAGAUUCCUCCUUGCCUCCAUCCAAAGAUCAAGAACGAAAAAGGAAUACUUUUGGAUUGCUCAAUGGACGAUAUAAGAUACUUGGAAAGUUGAAUGCAGACUCCGAUGCGUGUAUAAGAUUUCUUUGUGCAGACACAAAGAGUAAUGAUAAGGAGGUUUUAGUGUUGGUGUUUUUACAUUUUGGAGUAUUUUGUAGUCAUUUAUCGAAAUAUCAAUUUCAUCAUCGUCAUAUCAUACAAAGAAUUGAAGAAUUCAGCGAAGACAAAACUUUUGGAAUUGUGACUACCUAUCUCAAUGGAGGAAGCUUGUUGUCUUUUAUUAAAUCACAAGGUAGCUCAAAUCAAGAUUCGAAUGUGAGCAUGAAUUCACCUCCCUUAAAUGUCAUGAUGCAAUGUUGUGAUGCAAUGAUACACAUUCAUGAACGAAAGAAGGUUCAUCUUGGAAUUUGUCCAGAGAACAUUUUAUAUCAGUUGUCCUCUUGGAAGAAUAUUGAUAUUAUGGUUGAAGCACUGGACAAUGUGACAGAUAUCGUUGAGCUAGAGAGAUCUUUACCUAAACAACUUCAGUAUAACGUAUUCAUACCUGAAUAUCAUGCUACCCAUUCCAAUAAGGAGCUUUCAUUUGCUUCCGAUAUUUUCUGCUUGGGAGUUGUAUUUUAUCAACUAUUAAGUCGAGAUUUAGUAAGUUUUUUUGAACUAUUGUAUUGGAACUUGAAAACCAUGUUUUUUAAAGACAUCUUUCCAUGUCAUGUCAGAAACAGACAUGCUGUCAAGAGUGAACGAACAGUUGAAAACUAG